UAAGCCGAGAGUUCUGAGGAGGUGUGUAGAAAGAACAGCCUGCAGCCUCAAACACACAGAUGGAGCCGACUCCCGACCUGGGGCUUGGGGACUCAUCCCUGCACCGCUACCUGGACGGAGAAUUCUGGAGCUUCAAGAACAAGCUGCGCAGAGCCCUGGGGAGCUCUUCUCUCUUCCAGCCCAGGUAUGAUUUAAGUUUGGAUGAGAUGAGAGCUUUGACAAAUCAGCGAGUGAAGUUUGUCCUGAGUCUCCCUCUGUUAAAGCAUGUAUUUCAGGAGCAGGAAGAAAAAAGGAAGAACUUCAUCAGCCGAAGCCUUGCCCUGGGAGAAGUGCUCUGCAUGGUGGAUGUGGCCACGUGUGUGAAGUGUGGAAUCAUUUACUUGUUAUUUGGCGGUGCCAUCAACAAUCUUGGAAGUCCUGAACAUGUUACCAAGUGGUUUCAGCAACUCAAGGAGCAGACGUCUACUGGGAUGUUCGCAAUGACAGAGAAGGGUCACGGGAGCAACGUGAGAGGGAUCCAGACCGAGGCCACCUUUGACCUUGACAAUCAGGAGUUCGUGAUUGACACCCCGUGUGAAGAUGCCCAGAAGAUGUACAUUGGCAACGCCAUGCACGGGAACUAUGCUGCCGUCUUUGCCCAACUCAUCAUUGAGGGACAGUCUCAAGGACCUCACUGUUUCAUCGUUCCUAUCAGGGAUGAAAAUGGAAACUUGUACCCAGGAGUGACAGCCAUUGAUAUGAUGCAUAAAGAAGGACUGAACGGUGUGGAUAACGGAAUUUUGAUAUUUGACAAGGUUCGGAUCCCAAGAGAGAACCUGCUGGAUAAGUUUGGUUCUGUGGCCCCAGACGGACAGUACCAUUCACCCAUUCAAAGCAAGAGUGCAAGAUUCAACGCAAUGCUGGCAACGCUGACCCCUUCAAGAUUAGCAGUGGCGUUCAAAGCCAUGGGCAGCAUGAAGCUUGGACUGACGAUAGCCAUCCGCUAUAGCCACAGCCGAAGGCAGUUUGGGCCCAAGGGCAAAGAGGAGGUGAAGAUUGUCGAGCACCAGAUGCAGGCACUCAGGCUGAUGUCUCACCUGGCCACUGCACUGGCCCUGACCUUCACCAGCAGGCAUGCGGCCUUUGUCCUGGAUGAAGACAUCUUCCAGGGGAGGGAUCUCAUCAACAGGCGCUCACUACAGGCUCUAAUGGCUGGGCUGAAAGCCUACAGUACCUGGGAGACUAUCAGCUGCCUCCAGGACUGUCGCGAAUGCACCGGAGGCAUGGGUUACAUGAUGGAAAACCGGAUCUCGGGCCUGAAAUGUGACACCGACGUGUUUGUGACCUUUGAAGGUGACAAUGUAGUCAUGCUUCAGGUUGUGGCCCGGGAACUGCUGGCCCAGUACAGCAAGCAGCAUAAGAAGAACCCAGUCUUGGGGCUGAUCCAGAACUGGACUGCAACUGCUGGCGACAAGCUGAGAACCAGUUUCCUGGCAUUUAACACUGACACAGUGGGCCAUCUUGCCUUUUUGCUGAAAGCAUUGAAUUUUCGAGAAAGGGUUCUUCAGCGGAGUUUGGUGUCCAGAAUUUACAAUAAGGUGGUAACCAAGCAGGAGGAGUUCUUCAGCGCCUGGAACUCCUGUAUGCACCAUGUCACCUCACUGUCGCUGGCACACAUUCACAGAGUUGUACUAGAGCAGUUCUCGCUGGCAGUGAGGCGCUGUCCCUACAAGGAGGACCAGGCUUUGCUAAUGAAGUUCUGUCUGCUCUAUGGGACGAAGCUGGUGUUCCAGGAGCGGGGCUGGUACUUAGAGCAUAAGUACCUGACUCCCACAGCCAGCACGCGGAUCAGGGCUCAGUUGCUGGAUUUGUGCGAGUCCGUGAGGGAUGACGCCCUGAAGGUGAUCUCUGCUUUCAACAUUCCACACACCAUCCUCCAUGCACCAAUCGCAGGAGUCCCCAACCCCCGGGCUGCCUGGGCCUUCUACCCGGCGCCUAUGCCAACGCUGGUGCGGGAAGGAGCGCGCUCCCAGCUGUCCAAGCUGUGAGCCAGGCUAUUGCCGGUGUGUCGAGAAAUGUAGUGGCCGGUCUGCAGCUUGCCAUUGAAGUUCUCUUCAAAUAGCUCCCAGAGCUGGAGCAGGGGCCAAAGUGGCAGGUGCAGGACCGCCACCCUUGGGGUUUUGGUCACGCAGAGGAGGAGGUCUGGCUAAGGCUGGCAAGGUUCAGGACAGGUUGUCGGAGAGAAGAAAACUAGGUGGAUGCCCGGAGAGAGUACUGUAGUUUAUCCUGGUCUGGUAACCUCUCCUGGCCCUUGCCUUGACCUUUUCCAGCCGCGGCACUAGAUCCCCAGACAAUCGGGUGGUCUUGCCCAGAGCCUGGUGCCAUCAAAGAUCUCUGCUGUCAUCAGUGACUCAGAUUCCCAGUGACUUCGAAAAACUCUGAUGCUGGGUGAAAAAAAAAAAUCAAAACAUGAAAAUCAAACACCCUCAAGCAAAAGGGUGGGAGGAAAGCUCCACCCACUCCAAGCGCGGGCAAAAGUUCAGCAAGGGAUGAUUAGUGAAUCAGACUUGCUCCAGCUCUGCUAGAAAACCGGCUGGCGAGAGAGGGGGAGCAUGACCCUGGAGUCGAGCUGGUCCCACCAGGUAGGCGAUCUCUGGACCGCGCAGGGCGACGCGCGCGCGCGACAAACGUUUCGCCGCCCUAAACUGUAAUCCGCCCUUUAAAAAAAAAGCGUAGAUGCAAAGUUUAAUAAAUUAAGCGAUAGAAAAGUGCUCCCGCGGCUUGGAGGGGUAAGGGAGGUGGGCCUGGGAAAUAGCUGCAAUAAACUGGUUUUGGAAUUUGGAGAGACUACACAGGCGGAAA